CGGGAUGGCGAGAGGGGCUGGGGUAAGGAUCACAGGAGGGAUAGGGAAGAUGAACGGAGACCGAGAGAAAGAGAUGCUCGGGAGAGAGAUAGCGAAAGAGGUGAUGAGAGCAGAGGGAGUGGGAGGGAGAGGAGCAGGAGGGACAGCGUUCAUAAGGAGCGAACCCGCGAGCGAGGAGAUGGUCCUCCUCAGGAUGACCUGGGUCGCUCGGAAGAGCAGGGUCGAGGUGAGGACGAGGAGAAGCCGAGGGAUCAACAAAGAGAUCAGUCAAAAGAUCGGCGAGAUUCUCGCGGUUGGGGGCAGUCAUCUCGCCAUGGCGAGUCCGAUCGAGAAGCCAGCUCCAGCAAGGAGCGCCGAGCUUCCCAAUUCCAUAAACCACCUUCGCCUCCUUCGAAUCGCUGGGUGGCGCGACAAAAGGCUGAAGACCCCUCGACUGACAAAAUCAAGGCAACGGGUCUGCUGGCGAAUGAAGAGUCACGCCCGAAGAUCCAUAUUCCAUUGACUGGCAACGCCUCUUCACAGUCCUUCAAGACAAUACGUCCUCCACCUCCUCACAUUGAAGCGAAACUUUCAAUACCCCGUCCUCCAUCGCCCGGGCAACGUCCACCCACUCCUACCCGUCCACCAUCGUCUCCGGCGAAGCCGUCCAUCCCUCUGGCAGGUGCUCCACCGACCCCUCCCAAGACGCUUGUGCGUCCAGUGCGCCCUAUACCCUCUGGCCCAGCGACGUUCUCCGGCCUACCUAAUCAACGGCGCACCACGUCGCUUUCCAGCUCGACUCAGUCGCGUCCUGUGACGCCGCCGCUACCUCUUGUACCGAGUGCAGUUGCCUCUGUGGCGCCAUCGCUGACUGGCAAGGAAGACGCGCCGCCUCCUCCAUCGGAGACUGCUCCACCUGUACCAGAAAGGUCUCCUUCCCCAUCGCCGCCGCCUAUAAAGAUUCCAUUCCAAUCCUCUACGCUCUCCGGGCUCACUUCUCUCAGCAGGGCGAACAAUCCUGAGAAAAAGGCCAAUGGGGGGAGCGAGAUGCCACCAUCUUUUCAUUUCCGGCCCCUCCCGGUACCAGCGUUCCCAAAAGAGACGAGUUCUGAGGCUUCUAGCCCUGCCCUGGAGGUCCCGGCUCCCCGGCCUGCAGCGCUGGCCGAGAGAGCCCCAGAGGCACCUUGGGUCUGCCCUCCCUAUGUUGCGCCUGCAUGUGUCAAACACAGACCUGGGACGGGCAACUUUCUCGUCUUCAAAGACGCGGAUGGCAAGGAACAAAAGCGACUUGACGGAAUGAUUGAUGGCAAGGUGGUCGAGGUUGUAGACCCAAGGAAAGAUCUGAGUAAAGAGCAGCUGGCCAGGGGCAGGGGCAGCGCAAAGCAGAGAGACGAAUUUCACGAGGUCAAUUUCCAGUGGGAUGCUAACUCUACCGGUCCGGCACCACCUCCACCACCAGCCGCCGUGCUCAUCACAGGCCUGAGUCCCCUCACCACGGUCGACCAGAUAACCAAAUAUCUCCGCCCCCAUGGUCGUAUUAAGGAGCUCGAUUCCAAGGUAAACCCCAAGACUGGUAUGCAGCUUGGCAUAUGCUGGGUCAAAUUCGACUCGCCGCCGUCGGGAAAGCCGGGUACCGCGAAUGAUGUAGCGAGUUCGGUGGUCAAGAUGUGCGAUGGCAAGCGGAUUAGCAACAACGGCAAUGAAAAGAUCAAGGUCGUCUUGGACGGGAGAGGAUUGAGGACUGCAAAGGCGGUAAAGGAGGAGAUGGAGAGACUGUAUCCUCCCAAGAAGGCGGUUGAUAUACCACUGGAAGGAAAUAAGCCCACUCCCACCCCCGCAACAGCCCCCACUUCGACCCCCACCCCUUCCUCCCAGGUCGCGUCUACCCCCGCUCGUUUGACGAGCGCAAAUGGCGUGGGAACCGUUGGCAACCAUACACCCGUCGCCCGCCCGGGACCUACCACAGCCCUGAAUGGCAAAACUAUCUACACCAAACCGCUCGGCCAGGGGUUCCAAGGGGGGUUCCAAGCUCAGCGGUUCGGGUCCAAUGCGCCAUAUAAUGACCGGUUCAACAAUAAUCAGUCUCAACAUCGUCCAUUCGGUCACGCGAAUCUCAGGCAUUUAGGCCCCUAUGCACCCGGUGGGGCAAGGAACCCUUUACCGAGGCCUCUUCAGCAACCUGUCCAACAUCUAGAGUCAAGCUUUACGAGCGCACCGUUCGAAAAGCAUGGGGCCUCAGCAGACCGUGGGCGGGCGUUGAAUGGCAGAAGUUCUCGCGAUCGAUCGUUAACUUUGACUUCUUCCGAGUCGGACAGCGAUGAUGAUCGGCGACCAGGGCGUAGAGGACUGUCGCCGUACGGACAGAGAAGAGUGUCCAAAAGCGGGCCGAGCCCGGAAGACGAAGAAAGACUGGCAAAGAUUCGAGAGCAGAUCAAGGAGAAUGGGAAACCAUAUAUCUUUGUCAUUUCACAGGGCCUGCCAACGACGGCAAGCUAUGAAGGCUUUCUCGGAGACCAUUUCAAGCUCUUUAAACCUGCAAAGAUUCUACAAGCUCAUCUGGGAUGGUAUAUCCUCUUUCCCGAAGACAAUGCUGCUGCACAGGCCAAACGCGUCCUCGACGGUACCCUUGUCCAAGGCCGUACUAUCAACCUCGCCGUCCAGACCUCCGGGCCCCGCGUCACCCAACCCCUCACUGCACCUGCCGACGCCCCUGAUCGCCUGUCCGCGCUUGCGUCCGUUCCCACAGGCGACCCAACUUGGAAGAAGAUGACGAUCGCCAAGAAGAACAGGCCUGCGGUGCGAAAGGUGGAGAAGGAGAGGCUGAAGCCGGUCAAGAAGCUGAGGCCGGUGGACUCGAGUAGCAGCGAAGAUGAAGAGGCGCCCGCGUCUGUGGCUGCUCUGAAGUCCAAGGUGAAGCGAGAUGUCAACUACUCGAGCGACUCGUCAACGUCUGAAGACGAUACGCCCAUCUCUCGUGGCAAGCUAUCGACCAAGUCUAUCGUCAAGGUGAAAAAGGAGUCAGAGCCAGUUGUGGAAGAGAUACCGAUAGGCGACGUGACAUCCGCUGAUGCGAUCAAGCACUCUGCCAAGAGCAAGAAGCUGCAGAUAGACUCGGAAGAUGAGGAUGAAAUCCCAUUAUCUACAAAGGUCGCUUCCACCAAGAAACGCCCUGCUCCCGCCAAAGGCAAGAAGGCCAACAAGAAGGCUCGUAUUGAGCCCGAUGGCGCCGAGUCAAUGGAUGUUGACAUGCCCCCGCCGCCUCCAAAGAAAAAGAAGCCCACCAAGACCGAGGUGGACAAAUUCAUCGCCUCUGGCGCUCUUGUGGACGAAGAAGACGCUUACUGGCUCGGUCAAGUGCUGGCUGCGCAGGAAGCAGGGGUAGAGCCAGUCUUUUCUGAUGACGAAGAAAUCCGGGUGGAGGAGGCUCAUCCACUCUACCACAGAUCGGGUUCAUGGCGUGCUGAAGGAUGGAAAAAGAUCCCUCAGGUGCAAAAGUCUAGGUAUCUGCCUCAACGGAACCGCGCGGCUGUGGCCAGUGAAGACAAUAGUGUCACUACCGGCCGUACAGCUCGUCUUGCUGGCCGUGAUCAACACCGACAAACAGCUGCUGUCGCUGCCAAUCAGACUGUCGAAAGCGAUCUCUUUGCCUUCAACCAGCUGCGUAUCCGAAAGAAGCAACUGCGCUUUGCGAGGUCUGCUAUCGAAGGCUAUGGGCUGUAUGCCAUGGAGACGAUCCACGUGGGCGAGAUGGUCUGUGAAUAUGUGGGCGAUCUUAUCAGGGCGACAGUGGCGGAUGUGAGGGAGCAGGUGUAUCUGAAGCAGGGUAUCGGAUCGUCCUAUCUGUUCAGGAUUGACAACGACAUUGUGUGUGACGCUACGUUCAAGGGGUCUGUCAGUCGUCUGAUCAACCACUCGUGUGACCCUUCUGCGAAUGCAAAGAUCAUCAAGGUCAAUGGUCAAUCGAAAAUUGUCAUCUACGCCGAGCGAACGUUGUACCCGGGGGAAGAGAUCCUGUAUGAUUACAAAUUCCCUCUCGAGGAUGAUCCCGCUCUGAGAGUGCCUUGUCUGUGUGGUGCUGCAACUUGCCGAGGGUGGCUGAAUUAGAGAGGGGUGGGAGUGUAUAUACUGUCGAGAGUAGUCUGAAUAGCAUACAUUCAACACCGUGUAUCACCGUUCUGUGAUCCUGAGCAGUGUCCACAGCUACAUAGGGA